UGAAUAUUUACCUUACAGAAGCUUUAGAACCAACUCAAACCGAAGAACGCCAUUUUAUCCAGGAUUAGGGCAUCCCUUAAUUUAUUAUGCUGAAGUCAAGCCGAAGAGACGUAGCCGAAGGAGCAGAGAAAAUGAAAACAACAAUUCGAACUGUUUCGUUAAAGCAUUUCGUUGGUACACUCAGGAACAUGUCCCAUUUAAAAAGACGAAUUCAUCAAAUAAUAUAAUUAAUAAGGACAUAAAAGGCUUCGCGACGUGGCUUGAUGAGAAAUAUAAUGAAUAUCAGGACACAAAUCGAAUACAGAAAAAUCAAUGCAUAUUGAAUCAAAGCUCCACGCUCGAAUUAAUUAGUGGCGCUAAAAUUUACGACAAUAAAGUACGUGGUUCAAAGAAGUUUCCAAUAUUAAGAAGCCCUUGGGAUAAACGCAGAAAAAAAGACGAAACUGAUGUUACUGUUAAGUCAAAUCAAAGCAUGAAAAUCAUUUUGAAGCCUAAAAACUUAUCUCGUCCAGCUUCAGAAUGCUGUCAAAGAUCUGAUUUACAAAACAACGGAAUUAUAUCCAACAAGAACGCUCUACACAUGAAGCUAAGACCCACAUCUAGAAGCUUGACGAGUGUGCUCAAGGAAAAAGAAAUAUACAUUAUACCUUUUGACGUUCUUCAAGACGCGAACCAUGAGGAAUUAAAGCAUAAAGUCGAAGAAAACAACAAUGAGCAAAAGAUAUUAAGGCAAAUUUUCCCGAAAGAGCCAACAGCGUUUAAAAGUAAAAAAAGGAAUGACGUAUCUUGUCAAUGUUCUUACGGGACGUUUGAAAAUACUUCUGGUAAAUUCGACAAAUCAAAUACAUGCCUUUGUUACAAAAGAAAAUCAGAAUAUGAAGUUGUACGAAAGAUUGCAGUAAUUCCCAAAACUCAACCAAAUACGAGAGACCACAAAUCAUCUAUAUCAACAUUGGUUAGUGAUAGCGUGCAAACAUCUGAUUAUUCUAUAGUAUUGGAAAACGAUAUAAAUUGCAAUAAUCCGGUAUUCAUGAAGAUAAUAUGUGUCCAUAAAUAAAAGAAAUUGUUUUACGUUAAAAUAUAAUAACUUUACAAGUGAAAAUAAGUGUUUGAAAUGAAAAAAAAUCAAAAUCGAUAGGAUAUGGUCCAGUGUACAUGCAACACAACACAGCAGGACCUUCAAGAGUUAUACAGAUUGAAAUCAAAACUUUUGUAAACUAUUUCAUCCCAUUCCAUC